AUUUCUCAGUCUCAAGUCUCAAGGCUCUAUUCUUCCUAGUCAUGGCAGGCUCCAAAUCUGAAUCUCGGUCUGCUAAGACUGAAAAUAAACCCAGUUUAUUUGCAAACAUUUAUUUGUUUUCCUACAAUUUCAUUCAAGUGUUUGGAUGGUCUUACCUGCUGUACCAACUUGUGAACCACUACACAAGUGGUCGAACCACAGACACUCUUUGGAACGAGGUCAGACUUACUGUCAUUAUCUUCCAGAAUGCAGCUGUUCUUGAGAUUUUGAACGUAGCCAUAGGGAUUGUCAAAUCCAACCUCAUGUUGACGACAUUUCAAGUAUUCUCACGUGUGAUGGUAGUUUGUGGGAUCCUACUGGCCACGCCUACUGCCCCUCUCUCUCCCGGCCUGCCUCUCGCUCUGCUUGCGUGGUCGGUCACGGAGGUCAUUCGUUAUCUCUACUACGCACUCAACAUUGUCGGACUCGUACCUUAUGUCCUCAUCUGGUGCAGGUACACUUUCUUUAUCGCCUUGUAUCCCAUUGGCAUCACGGGUGAGCUGUUGUGCAUGUACGCUGCACAGAAGUUUGUAGGCGAGACCCAACUUUGGAGUGUCAGUUUGCCGAACAAGUACAACUUUACGUUUAGUUACCAUUACCUGAUAAUCUACAUCAUGCUUCUCUACAUACCUUUGUUCCCUCAACUUUACCUACAUAUGUUUGGACAGCGCAAGAAAAUUAUCGGUACACCUCAGUCGGCUAAAGCUAAGAGCUCGUAAAUUCAACAUCUCAUAACAAAGAGUGCCUUUAAUUGCUCAAUUUGUUAUUAAUUUAUUAGCAAUUUUACACCGAUGUUACCUCGUUUUCUUUUCAUUGUUAAAUCUAUUACUUGGUUCAGGGUAAAAAGGUUAGUGUUGGUGUGAUUUAAAAUUGUAAAAGCUCUCUAUUUGAAUGGGAAUGUUAGUUUUAGUCAAAGAUGGUUUAGGUUUAGUGAGAUAAUAGUUGAUGCAUUAAAACGUGCAUAACAAUUUAA